AUGUGCACAUUAGAGAAGACCGGCAACAACAUCUUCUUUUUAACAUUGACCGGCGACGAUGAGCACCGUUUAAACCCCACUCUUAUCGACUCCAUCCUCUCCGCUCUUCGCCAAGCCAAAUCGCAAGCCACCAGAGGCUCGGUUCUCAUCACCACAUCGCGAGGCAAGUUCUUCUCCAACGGCUUCGAUCUAGCAUGGGCUCAAGCCGCCGGUUCCCAGAAUAAAGCCACCGAGCGCCUCCUCCACAUGGUGGAACUUCUCAAGCCGGUGGUAGCCGAGCUGAUCAAUUUACCUAUGCCAACCAUCGCCGCCGUAAACGGCCACGCAGCCGCCGCGGGGCUGAUUCUGGCUCUGAGUCAUGACUAUGUCCACAUGAAGAGGGAUAGAGGUGUGCUGUACAUGAGCGAGGUUGACGUAGGGCUUACCAUACCUGAUUAUUUCACGGCCCUUUUUAGGGCUAAGGUAGGAUCGCCUUCGGCUCUACGCGAUGUGUUGUUGAGAGGAGCCAAGGUUAAGGGAGACGAGGCGGCGAGGAUGGGAAUUGUGGAGGCGGCACACGAUAACGAGGAAAGGUUGAGUGAGGCUACAGUGCGCCUAGGGGAACAGUUGGGAUCGAGAAAAUGGCUCGGCGAGGUUUACAAGGAGAUAAGGAAGAGUUUGUACCCGGAAUUAUGUGGCGUGCUUGGAUUGAGUGUUGCAAAAUUAACUGCGAAACUCUGA